AUGAAUGAGAUGAAGAAGACGAAGAAGCCGAGAAUGGCUGCCACGGCCAACUCGUUGAAGAUAAGAAGGAGACGACUCUGCCACAGCCAGUGCAGCAGAUGUAGUCUUCCUGAUGACCUGUUGGUUCAGAUACUCUCCCGGCUACCCCUGAAGUCCACCCUCCGGUUCCGCUGCGUUUCCAAAGAGUGGCUUGCCCUCCUCUCCGAUCCCGGCCCUUACUCCGUCAGAUACCUAUGUCCGACCAUAUGCGGCUUCUUCUAUCGACGACCCCACCUUGCAGGGUCUUGGCAGUACGCGCCGAUCCACCCUUAUAAGGAUCACCACUUGGAUCUCAACAAUCUCACAUCUCAUCUACCUGACCAUCGCAACCUGAAUCUAUUGGAUAGCUGCAACGGUUUGCUUCUCCUCGGCUGCAGAGAAAACAGGAGCUAUAAGUCGAUGAUUAUUUGCAACCCGUUCCGCAAUGACGAGACAAAUUGGGUGACCAUCCAUAUCAAUGGCGCACUCAAACGACUAUCCCCACUACGUCAUUUUGUCUCAGCGAAGUUGAUGACCCAUCGAGUCUCCCCUCAUUUCAAGUGCGCCCUCCUCUUUGGGGACUACCAUUUUAAUGAAUGGGGUAUUGAGACGUUCAUAUGGUAUACGAUGUUGUCCAGCGACAGGGGUCAGUCCCACAACAUUAAUCAUCUAUCCCAAGAUGUAUCGCCGAUGUUUGACAUUUACGACAUUGCUUUUGGCGAUGAUUACCCGAAACUAUGCAUCGUCCGCGAGGAUGAGAUAGAUAAUGUGUUGUGUUUCGAGCUGAAUAAAAGCUGGACCGGACGCGUUCGGAGUCUCCUGGGAGUAUCUCGUGGGCUCGCGCACUUUGCUUUUUGUGAUGACCACGAGCUGCACAUCUAUAUACUUGUGAAGGAGGAUGGAGAAAGAGUAUGGAAGCUGAAGCAUACUUGUAGUAGCCAACCUCUGAUCAAACAGCACAAAGAAUUGCAUCGAUAUCGUGAGGAUGAGGACAACGAAAGGGUCUAUUCCAUCUUGCCGCUUGGAUUCCACCCCGACUUCGACGUCAUAUUUCUACAGAUUGAGUGGAGGAUAUACUCUUUCCAUCUUAGCAGUGGUUCCUUGGAUGAGGUGGCUGGCGAAAGAGGUGCAAAUCCCGCCGGCGAAAAGUUUCUGUUCCAUUCCUUCACCAUGGAUCCUUCAGCAAGCUUGGGGGAGAGAAGAGAAUACCACAUGGGACUUCCUGAAAUGGAUCCUUAA